AUCAAUGUUUUAGUGUGUCACAAAUGACAAGCUUGUCUAAAACAAAAUUCAAAAGUUACAACGUAUAUUAUUACAAUUUUCUAGUAUAAUUCUUUUUAGACCACAAUGUCUUCUCAGAGGACUCGGCCGAUUGAUGCCUUGCAACGUAUAAUGGCAACUUUUAAACAUUUUGAAAAGAAACUAGACAAAUUACAAGACGAUGUGAAUUUCCAUGGGCAGACACUUACAGACCUUCGAACUAUGGUAACAAAUCUUUCGGGUGGGACAAUAUUAGGUGCUGAUGGUAAAUUUGAGGACAAUAGGCGUCCCCUGAAAAAGAACACUGCCAUUCAAUACGAGGACAAGAUAUAUAGUGAAGAACCUAUUAAAACUAAGAGAAAGAACGCCGUUCAGCCGUUGCCCACAAAAGUCAAGGCGAGUUUACAAAGUCAGAAGCCGUCGAAAGUAUCUCCCACGGAAUCACCGCUCCACGUCCAACCUACGAUAACAAAAUUGGAGCCAAGCCAAAAAGCUUUGAAGCAUGCUCAACGACACAGGAAAGCGGAAGCUUUCCGAAAACCAAACACGAUAAGGACACAAAAGACAUUAGAUCAAAGGACCAGGCUAAGUAAAUGAGAGUUAAACUAGAAAAUUGUAUCUACUGUCCACUUAGUUUGGUGUGAUUGGAUUGUAAAAUUUAUGUUAACAUUUGGCACGUGGAAUUUGAUUGGGAAAUAAAACUAAGAUUAAAUGUUUCUAUUCCAUUUA